AUGGUAGCUCUUGUCGCCGGCGAAGUGGUCGACCUCAAGCCAUCUUUCAAUCGUUGCGACUCCAGUCUAGACCAAUUCAGAUUCGUCUCCAGACGCGCUCAAGGGACGACCGCCUGGGACCCCCCGCCACCGGCUGCGAAUGACUUGUGGAACAAAUGCGUAUGCCGAGGAACCAAGCUGCUCACGGGGAUGCAAGUAUCCGACUAUGAAGCCGGCCAGCAGUACGAUCCUCCGCAAGAGUCCGCUCAGAGCGAGUUUCGCGACUUCCCUCAGGAGUUUGCGUCCUGGAGCUAUGACUGGAAUGGCCUGGGCUUUUGGGCGCGCAAUUUCAACCAGAUGUGGGGAGUCGCCAAUGUGAUGGCCGCCCUAGGCGUCUCGGAUAGAUGCCUCGACGACGGUGGCCGGAUAGGCUGUGAGUACGUGACGCAUGGAGACCCCACCCUUGUGGACGAAGAAGGACCCGUCCCAAUCGAGGAGCAGGUUUACCCAGAACCCGUGACAAACAGGGAGCUUCAUGCAACCGGUGCGCACUUCAUGCUAGGCUUGAACCCCUUCGACGGAGUCAUCAUCAAUGAAGUCCCACGUCUUCAGAAAUCUUCGGAUGUGGAGUGGGGAAUGUGGAAGAUGUAUUGCGACGAGUACAACAACGGUCACUACAGCAACCUUCGCUACUAUCUCGUAGCCACUAUAACCGAGCGAGCUUCGAGGGCAAUUAUUCGGCGCGCUAUGAACAAUGUGGGAGUUGAGUUGGGACCCUGGCCUGGACAGGAGUUCAGCAUGGAUACGGCGGAAGGAAAGGCCAUCCUAGGGACUCCUGUAGGCUUUCCUAUCGGCUACCUCCUUCAGGAACACAAAGCCGAACUUGGAGGAAACAUGCACAUAUCGAAGGUCCGGGUAUUCCACAGCAGCGCGGCCAGUCAGCAACCUUGCUAUCUCUUCUACGUCGAGCAGCCGCGUCCCGCUCCAGGCCCAUCGCGACAAGGCACAGCGGCCGAGAUGAAGGACGAAGGCGAAGGGAAGAAUAUAGUAAGAAGGCACAUACUGGGCUCAAAGCUGUAG